AUGGCAGAGAAGAACCUCACCUUAGUGACUGAAUUCCUCCUCAUAGCAUUCACUGACCACCCUGAAUGGGCACUGCCUCUCUUCUUCCUGUUUCUGUUUAUCUAUCUCAUCACCUUGUUGGGGAACCUGGGCAUGGUUAUUCUAAUCCGUGUGGAUCGCCGGCUCCACACCCCGAUGUACUUCCUAUUGAGUCACCUCUCUUUCAUGGACAUCUGCUACUCAUCUGUCACUGUGCCUCAGAUGAUGGCCGUGUUGUUGGAGCUAGGGGCAGCUUUAUCUUACACUCGCUGUGCAGCUCAGUUCUUCCUCUUCACCUUCUUUGGUGCCAUUGACUGUUACCUCCUGGCCCUCAUGGCCUAUGACCGCUAUGCGGCCGUGUGCCACCCCCUGCUUUAUGUCACCAUCAUGACACAGAAGGCCCGUUUGGGUUUUGUGGCCGGAGCUUACGUUGCUGGUCUGUUCAGUGCGUUGGUGAGGACAGUCUCAGCUUUCACUCUCUCUUUCUGUGGAAACAAUGAGAUUGACUUUAUUUUCUGUGACCUCCCUCCUCUUUUAAAGCUUACCUGUGGGGACAGCUACACCCAAGAAGUGGUCAUUAUUGUGUUUGCCAUUUUUGUCCUCCCUGCCUGCAUGGUGGUGAUCUUAGUGUCCUACCUGUUUAUUAUCGUGGCCAUUCUGAAGAUUCCCUCGGCUGGAGGUCGGGCCAAGACCUUCUCCACCUGUGCCUCCCACCUCACCGCUGUGUCGCUCUUCUUUGGCACCCUCAUCUUCAUGUACCUGCGAGAUAACUCAGGCCAGUCCUCAGAGAAAGACCGAGUGGUGUCUGUGUUCUACACAGCAGUCAUCCCCAUGCUGAACCCCCUCAUUUACAGCCUGAGGAACAAGGAAGUGAAGGAGGCCCUGAAGAAAGUUCUCAACAGAGCCAAGUUAUACUAA